UCCUGGCGAAGCUGCGGAGGGAGCAGGAGCCGAACGGGUCUGUCUGUCUGUCCGUGUGUCUGUCUGCCGCCGCAGUCUCUGUCUGUCUGGGACACAAAAACCCUCCUUUUCGGCUUCCACGGUCCGGACACGGCAUCAGCGGCUAUGGAUCCAUCGCUGUCCUCCUCCUGUUUUCGCCACUGAGGGACCGUUGGAUGCUCCAGUGCCCAUAGAGGAGGGAAGGAGGAGGAGGGGGCAUCCCUAUCAUUCUUCGACUACCAGGCUGACUCACUGCUGGAGCGCCUGAACACAGAAGAAGAAGAAGAAGAAGAAGAAGGAGUUUCAGAGAACGAGAGAGUGAGGAACACUGUGAGAGUAAGAAGGAAGGAGGGAGGGACAGAGGAGCAAAAAGGUGAAGGAGGUGAGGAACACUAGGAGGAGGGGAGAGACAGACGACGGCAAAGAGAAAGUGAGGUUGGGUCGACGGAAAGAGAAAGUGAUAGUGGGAGGGAGUGAAAGAGAACGAUAGAGAGACACUAGAGACAGGUAGGGAGCAGGUGGACAGAUCCGAGGUCAGGUGAGCGUGGGCGCAGGUAGGUUGGAGGUCGAGCAGUCAGACGGACAGCUGACUGAGCUGCAGACGAAUCCGCUGUCCCGCUACCCCUCCAACAGCUGUCCCUUCACGGUCACCACACUGGGAGAACUGGGAGAACUGGUGACGAGGAGAAGCCACCAUGAGCGACCAGAACGUCGUCAAGGAAGGCUGGGUCCAGAAAAGAGGCGAGUACAUCAAGAACUGGCGACCGCGCUACUUUCUGCUGAAGACAGACGGCUCUUUCAUUGGCUACAAGGACAAACCGCAGGACUCUGACCUGGCCUACCCGCUCAACAACUUCUCUGUAGCAAAAUGUCAGCUGAUGAAGACGGAGCGGCCCAAGCCCAACACCUUCAUCAUCCGCUGUCUGCAGUGGACCACCGUCAUCGAGAGGACUUUUCAUGUCGACACUCCCGAUGAGAGGGACGAGUGGGCCGAGGCCAUCCAGAUGGUGGCAGAGUCGCUGGCUAAGCAGGAGGAGGAGGGCAUCCUGUGCAGCCCCACCUCCCAGAUCGAGAACGUCAACGAGGAGGAGAUGGACACCUCCAUCAGUCACUACAAACGAAAGACAAUGAAUGACUUUGACUAUCUGAAGCUUCUGGGCAAAGGCACUUUUGGAAAAGUCAUUCUGGUGAGGGAGAAGGCGAGCGGCACCUACUACGCCAUGAAGAUCCUCAAGAAGGAAGUCAUUAUAGCCAAGGAUGAAGUGGCUCACACACUCACAGAAAGUAGGGUAUUAAAAAACACUCGGCAUCCAUUCCUAACUUCUCUGAAGUACUCGUUCCAGACCAAGGAUCGACUGUGCUUUGUAAUGGAGUACGUCAACGGAGGAGAGCUGUUUUUCCACUUGUCGAGAGAACGAGUGUUUUCAGAGGACCGCACCCGUUUCUACGGCGCUGAGAUCGUCUCUGCUUUAGACUACCUACAUUCUGCCAAGAUCGUCUACCGUGAUUUGAAGCUGGAGAACCUUAUGUUGGACAAAGAUGGCCACAUCAAGAUCACCGACUUUGGCCUCUGCAAAGAAGGCAUCACUGACACUGCCACAAUGAAGACCUUCUGUGGAACACCGGAGUACCUGGCUCCUGAGGUGCUGGAGGACAACGACUACGGGCGGGCGGUGGACUGGUGGGGUCUGGGCGUGGUGACGUACGAGAUGAUGUGCGGCCGCCUGCCCUUCUACAACCAGGACCACGAGAAGCUGUUUGAGCUCAUCCUAAUGGAGGAGAUCAAGUUUCCGCGAACGCUUUCAGCCGAUGCCAAGUCGCUGCUGUCAGGGCUGCUCAUCAAGGACCCCAACAAACGGCUGGGCGGCGGACCGGAUGACGCUAAGGAGAUCAUGCGGCACAGUUUCUUUGGCACAAUCGACUGGCAGGACGUCUACGACAAGAAGCUGGUCCCGCCCUUCCAGCCCCAGGUCACCUCAGAGACGGACACGCGCUACUUCGACGAAGAGUUCACAGCACAGACCAUCACCAUCACUCCGCCGGAAAAAUAUGACGAGGACGGGAUGGACGCAGCGGACAACGAGCGAAGGCCUCAUUUCCCACAGUUCUCCUACUCAGCCAGUGGGCGGGAGUGAGCGCUCUGGCCCAGCCAGCCAGUAUCGUCCCCAUUCGUGGCCAUUUUGAGGAAAACACGUAGCCAUUUUAGGAAAAAAAAAAAAAAAUACCAGUCUCCCCUCUUUUUCUCCUUCUCUGCCUCUUCGCAGGUGGGGAGAAGUCUUUUUAGGGACUUUAAAAGAGGUUUUUGCACAGUGGGAUAGACUCCAGCCGGUCUGCCCACACUAAAAAAUAAGUCUCCUUCAUUUUCAGCGCUAUUUACUGCAGAAGGCAAUGUUUUUGUUAUUUAUUUUUUUCUCUCUGUCAGUAUUAAGUUGUCGACCCAGGUUGCGUUCAUCUUUUUGUUUGUUGUUUUUGCCCUUUUUUCUUCUUAUUCUUUUGACUUUUUGCACUUGGUUUGGAAGAGCCGUUUUAGGGAACAAAAAACCAAAAAUGUUGCCUUACGUGUGCAGAUCUUUCGUAUCAUACCGACAGGGUGUUUUUUCUUUUCGUUCUAUCGGGAGAGGGCGGGCGGGUUUCGGGUCGUGAAGGGUCAUUCAUAGUUGAGAAUAAGUGCAUGGCUCGUGAUUCACUCAUAAGAAAAAAAACAAAAAAGACAAAAAAAUCUCUUCCUCAUACAUUUGCCAUGGCAGCGCACAUUCCCUAAUCCCAUGGCAAUGAAAUCACAGUCUACAGGUUAAAAAUAAUUUAAAAAAACAAAAAAAAAAACAAAGACAGAAAACGAGAA